GCCGUUUACAGUAUUACCCCCAUACCCACGCCCCAAUCUAUACAUCAAAGCCUCCCAUGCAAUUACCCUACGGAGAAAUCCACCACGCGGUGUUCCAGUUUUUAUUAACCCACAAGGCUAUCCCCGAGUCACAGCUCCUUCACGUGCUUACCCGGCUCUAUCAGACGUUGUUCACUGCGGAACACGACGCGGUGAACGCGGAGAGCGUGUACCAGGACAUCUUGGACGGGGUGCUUGAGAGCCUCAACGUGAAGCUUAUAGCGCACAAACUCGCGUUUGCGAUCCGCAAGCGGCGGUCGCAGUUUGACGGGAAGUUUGUGGUGAUGCUCGUGAACACACAGGCAGACGAGGCGACAAAGAUGGCCAUUGACCAUGGGGAGAUUGAAAUUGCCAUUUUCAACGCUGCAUUGGACUAUAUCUUCAACAACGAGGAUGGAGAAACGUCUUACGCGAUUGGUCAGACUAACUUAAUCAACAUUAUGAAGGAUAAGUCUGCAAAGUACACCGCUACAAACGCCAUUGAGUUGGCCGCAAAGUUUGUCCAGGAGGGCUGGCUCAUAGAAACGUCCAAGAAGAAGUUUACAGUGACGGACCUUGCUUUGUGCGAGCUCCACGACUCGCUUAUUGAGAAGUACGGGCUUGCAAGUGUCUCUGUGCGAGAGGAGGAUGACGACCAGCCGUUUUCCAUUAGCAUCUGCCCCGCCUGCGACCAGAUUGUCACUAUGGGCCGCAAAUGCCCUGGUGGGGUAGUGCCAUGCCAUGUGAAAUUCCAUCUUAACUGUGCCAGACGAUACAAAAUUGCGAGGGGCAGUGCCUGUCCCAACAGCAGCUGCAGCGGAGUGAUCACCGAUGAGGUAGAGCCAACGGACAGAAUCGGCUUACCCCAGGAGGACUUUCGGUUCACGUUGUACUAUCAAACAGAGUAGGAUAAUGAGAUAAAAAAAAAGAGAAGUCAUGGAAUAUUGAAUGACUAGAAUUUGCCAUGGAGUCGACGCUCACCUUACAGCCGGAAGUCAUGAUGGAUCCGACAUUCUAUAGGACUAGCACAUAGCUCGAGGUGAGAUAACGAAGUUUUUUAUUUUUCUUCGCUAAAGCGAACUUUUGGCCAUUGUCUACUGGUAAGAUGUAUAAACAUAAAAACACUG